AUGAGUGCAGCUUUCCAGCCGUCGCUCAUGAUGAUGCCGCGCCCUUUGGGAAGCAGCACUGCCUUCAGCAUAGACUCGCUCAUCGGCAGCCCGCCUCAGCCCAGCCCGGGCCACUUCGUCUACACGGGCUAUCCCAUGUUCAUGCCCUACAGGCCAGUGGUACUGCCGCCGCCACCUCCACCGCCACCGGCCGCCUUGCCUCAGACGGCACUGCCGCCCUCGCACCCUCACCAUCACCAGAUUCCCAGCCUGCCCACCAGUUUUUGCUCCAGUCUGGCACAGGGCAUGGCUCUAACUUCCACCCUCAUGGCCACCCUGCCGGGCACAUUCUCGGCCUCCCCACAGCACCAAGAGGCGGCGAGAAAGUUUGCACCACAAGCUCUCCAGGGCAGUUUUGACAAGGCGGAUGCCAUUCAGGCAGAAGCUGAAGACGGCAAGGCAUUCUUGGCCAAGGAGUGCUCCCUACUGGCCUUCUCUGCCUCCGAAGCAGUGCAGGCUUCCCUCGGGACCGCACGAGCAGCCUCCGGGAAAGAAGACGCCAAAGUGGAGGACGACUCGAAAGGCAAAGAGGAGAGUUUCUCGAUGGACAGCGAUCUCGAUUACAGCUCCGAUGACAAUCUGCCGGGCCAGUCGGCCCACAAGGAAGACGACGCUGGCAACGGCCCGGAGGAGAGCGGCCAGAGCUCGGCGAACCCAAACAGUGCCACCUCGACGGGGAAAAACCGCCGGCGGCGAACGGCCUUCACCAGUGAGCAGCUGCUGGAGCUGGAGAAGGAGUUCCACUGCAAGAAGUACCUUUCUCUCACGGAGCGGUCCCAGAUCGCGCACGCCCUCAAACUCAGCGAAGUGCAGGUCAAAAUCUGGUUCCAGAACAGGAGGGCCAAGUGGAAACGGGUGAAGGCAGGCAAUGCCAAUUCUAAGACCGGGGAACCAUCCCGAAACCCCAAGAUUGUGGUGCCAAUCCCCGUCCACGUCAGCCGGUUCGCCAUCCGGAGUCAGCACCAGCAACUGGAGCAGGCCAGGCCCUGAGUGGGGACAAAUCCCGACCGGGUUUUUCUUUCCCAGCCCCGACCUCUUCCUCCCCUCACACGCACAAGUCUGGAAGCAUCCUCUCCGCCCCUCCCCCGUCCGCCUGCCGCCCCACAAGUCCGGGCAUAAUAAAGAAUUCUUCACUCGCCAAGUGAAGCGAACCGCCAAGCAAACGACGCAGGCCACGCCGAAAUGCGUUCAUAAACCAUCCGUCAGAAAACUCGUGUCAUGUU